CAGUUACCCCCGCGAGAUAAAGGAUACGCCUACUAGCGCAUAUUUCGCAGUUACAUUCUCCCAUUCGCAAAUGUAAAUAUUUGCAGAGUGAAAGUAUAUAGCGUUCCAUUAUCUAGUAUAUAUAUACUGUGCCCAGAUCAGAAAGAAAAAAAAUCUCGUAUUGGUUUGAUCAUCACUUCCCCCGUAACGUAGAGACGCGACACGAACAAUAUCCGCAAUUAGUUGUCGCGUAAAACUGUACUUUGCUGUGCUUCCUGCAUAUUUAUGAUGACGGGAAAUAGGGCUUGAUUCUCUCUACGUGGACAUUUAACUACCGUAAACUGUCAAUUGUGAAGUAGGCGUAAAUAGGCCCGCUAUAGUGUGUGGCAUGCGAUGAAACAACGUGUAAAAUGUAUAUCCAUUCGACGAAUCAAUGUUUAUUUCGAGUGUACAAAAUAGAAAUGUUGAGAUAAUUGGCUUACUGAAUUAUUUCACAUAUUACUUGCCCUGUGUUUGUUUUCUGACAUGUUAUGUAUUUUACAUAUAGUGUUACACACACAUAUUUAGGAAGAGUAGAAAGAUGCUAUGGCUGCCAUGGCUACAUCACGUAAUGAUGAGGAGGAGCUGAAUGGAGAAACUGAAUCAGAGGCUAGUAGUAUAUACCAAUGUGGCUCGGUGAUCUCCACCGUACCUGAUCGUCAUGGAUUCCUAGGUGGUUCGCAAUACAGUCCUGAAAGGAAGCAAUCCAUACCACCCGAUGUAAUACUGCGAAGAGAAAGAAAAUGGAUACAAAUGCUGAAUAAUUGGAGCCUUUUCAUGACAACCAAUUACCGCAAAGUCCGCGAGAGAUGUCGAAAAGGUAUACCGCCUUCCGUGAGACUGCGCGCCUGGUUGAACCUUUGCGGUGGUCAACUUUUAAUGAACGAGAAUCCAAACUUGUACGAAGAACUGAUCAAACGGCCCGGCGAUCCCAAAUACGUAGAGGAUAUAAAAAAAGAUCUUCAUCGCCAAUUUCCGCAUCAUGAGAUGUUCGUCGAGAACGCUCCUGGACAGCAAGAAUUGUUCCAGGUCCUCAAAGCAUACUCCAUUCUAAACAGUAAAGUAGGCUACUGCCAAGCUCAAGCGCCUAUCGCUGCGUUCCUGCUGAUGCACAUGCCAGCGGUGCAAGCGUUUUGGUGUCUCGUUGCAAUAUGCGACAAGUAUCUCGUCGGAUAUUAUAGUCAGGGCAUGGAAACAUUGCUGCGUGAUGGAGACAUUCUGUUUGCUCUUCUGAAGAGAGUCUCUCCUGUUGCAUAUAAACAUUUAAAAAAACAAAAAAUGGAACCAAUUCUGUAUAUGACGGAAUGGUUCUUAUGCGUUUACACGCGUACGUUGCCAUGGGAAAGUAUUUUGCGCGUAUGGGACAUGUUCCUUUGCGAAGGUGUAAAAGUAAUUUUCAAAGUAGGCCUGGUGUUGUUGAAGGGUAGUCUGGGUCGUACAUCUCUCGUUAAGCGUUGCCCGACGACAUAUGAAACUCUCCAAGUUCUAAGAAACCCGCCACAACAUAUCAUGGAAGAAGAAGCUUUAAUUUAUCAAAUUCAGAGGUUGAACUUGAGCGAGGAGGACUUUGAAUAUGAGCAUCAGAGGCAAAUGUUGAAAAGAAAGGCAGCAGAGAAAGAAACUGCCAAUCGAACUGACUGACAAUUAAGUAGCUAGACCGAAAUAGGGGGUGAAAUAUAUAUUUAACAUAUAAUGCCCCAAUAUGUGCCUUCCCUUCCAUUCUUCUGGUACUGUACAGAUUCUGCGAUUUGUAUCUCUUCCUGUCGCGAAGCGAAGAGAUAUAGUGAAAACUGAUAGGUACGUAUAUUUGCAAAAUAGAGAUUUUCCAUAUACUUCGUCCAUGCAUACGUACAAACGUCCACAUUCCCCAAACAGCCAAAGUGCACUAUUUAUCUUUAUUUCUUUUAUUAUUAUUGUACUACAAAGAAGAGCACAACAUUUGUAGACUUGCAUAAUACUAUUUAAUAUUUUCAUGAUCGACUUAUGUUUAAUUACUGAUGAUCUUCGGUGGUCAAUAUACUA